UCAGUUGUUUGUCAAUCGACUUUCGUCUUUUCAGUGACAGUAAUUUUUUGUGUGCGAAUAAUUUCUUACAAUACUUUAACUUUAGCUCUGGUGUUAUAUAUUACAAAGCAAAUAUGCUGUCUUCAAAGGUAAUACGUGUAGUGAUGGCAAACGUCUUAUUCUGACUACCUGAUUCUAAUAUCUACUUGACGUAAAACAGCAUUGCAUUAAUUUGAACUCGAAACUGUCACAUCGCUAACAAGCUACAAUGUUUGCGAGUUUGAAAAGUAAGAUAAAGGAAGAAACUGGUAGUGACAUAAGUAAAAUAACUAGUAGUUGGCGAAGCGGCGCCUUCCUGGGCAGGAUAGCGCUCAGAGACGACUCUUCAACAGCAAGUCCUUCCAGUUCUGGUGGACAUGGAGAUUCUACUUCAGAUUCAAUAUCUCCACAAAUGGAGUCUUACCUAUCAGAGCGCACUGGAGGCAGGGUAGACCAGGCAGUAUUACAACAGCAGUACUCAGCACAGUUAGAAGCCAAGCUGCGGGACAGAGACGCUUACUGGGAACAAAAGAUUGAAGAAUUGAAACUUUCACUCGCCUCUGUGCAAGGCAAGGAGGCAGCAGCAGCACAAGCAGUAGCGAGGACAGCUCAGGCUGAGGCUGCAAAGGCCAUUACAGAGAGGGACACAGCUAAGAGACUUGUUACUGAACUGAAGACACAACUGGCUGCAGCUGAGCGAGCUCAGGACAGACUUGAUGCUUUAAAUGAGGAGUUAGAACAGUGCCGUCGUGAAUGGGCCCGCGAGCGAGCGGAGCUGACCGCGGCUCUGAGCGGCGAGCAGGCGCGGGCCGCCGACCUCGCCGACAGGCUCGCGCUAGUCUGCGCCGCCCUGCCGCCCGACAACCCGCAUCAUCAUAUGCAUGACGACGACAAACGCGACGUAACACCGACGGAUUGCGCGGAGUACGACCGCGUGUGUCGUGAGCGCGCAGUGUUAACCCGACAGCUGCAGGAGGCCAAGAUGGCGCUGGCUGACGUCAAGACGUCUUGGAGCGGACAGAUCGCUUCCUUGGAGACACAGGUGGCGCGACUGUCGCGGCAAGCGGGAGAGGAAGGCUCAGAAAGGAGACGAGUGGAGAUUGAGAAAAAAGAGAUGCAAGAGAAACUUCUUAACGCAGCCGCAGAACUCGAGAAAGCCAAACAAAACCUCGCCAACAGUGAAGCUAAGGAUAAAACGAUGGAUUACGAGAGCCGUAUAGAAAGUCUGACGCUAGAGAACAAGGAGCUGUCAGAAGCACUGGAGAAUGAACGGACCCUGGUCAAGAUCCUCAGAGAGAAGGUGGAUAAGUCCAACCUGAUGUGUGACGAGAGCAAGGCUGAGGUCAAUCACCUUAACUCUAUGGUUACGGAGAUGCAACACGACUUCUUGGAUAUACAGAGGAAGUUUGACAAAGAAAAGCGAGAAAAAGACGAAGCCUUACUGCGCAACGCUCACAUGUCGCAGACGAUAGAGAUGAGCCAAUGCAACGUGCGCUACCAGGAGACCGAGAUUGUCGACCUCAAGGCUAAGAUCACGGAGCUAGAAGGACUCAUCGCUCAGCAUAAGGAGAAUCAAGCUGCGUGCAUGUUAAUCAAAGAGAGCGAACAAGCCCGUAAAGUGGAAAUCGAACAAUUAAAGAAUAAAAUUGACGAAUUAAUAGAAAACGAGACUGCACUCAAAAAGACUAUACAAGACUUAGAAACUGAAAUCUGUGAUAAAAAUAAGAAAAUAAAGACGUUAGACAACAGAAUAUCGGACAUGAAGAAGACAUUACAACGUGAACUACAGAGCAGCAAGUCUGAUCUUACCUCUGCAGAAGAACAGGAUAUUAGUAGAAGGUACUUAAAACACGUGGUCCUCCGUUUCCUAACAGCCCGCGAGCUAGAAGCACGUCAGCUGACCCGCGCACUGGCCGCGCUACUGCGCCUCUCCGCGCACGAGGAGGCGCUGCUCCGCGCCGCCCUCCCCCCGCGCACCGGCCUCGCCGCCUGGUUCCCCUCCCUCAACACCUGAUCACUCUAAACUGACACUUAUGUGCAAGCUGUAAGGUUGAAGUAGCGUGGCAAGUAGACUUUUAUUUUGUUGACUCGGCUGCUAGUGUGUUGCGUUCAUUCAACACUAGGGUGGUCUGGGUUUCAUGUGCAAACGUGUUGGAUUAAGCUUGGCAAUGGGCAAGUUGAUUUUGGGAUUGCGUUUUGUUCGUUCAUUAGCAAUGCUAAAUACAUAUAUCUUAUGUACAAGCAGUUACGGUUCGACCGGAUAGACUUGAUAGACUAGCGUGGCGAUUAUCAAGUUCAUCAUUUGAAAAAUAUAUAUUACAUAACGUCAACGGCCAAUCUAAUACAUUGCAAAUAUUCAGAAUGUUCGAAUAUAAACAACACCGUCAUUGUUAAAAAACUUGAACUUAAAUUUUCUUAAGAAAUAUGUAUAAAAGUCCCAGCUUAAACCACGUUGCCAAGCCUAUUUAAGCAGCUAUUACCUAACUCAUAAGAAGAUAUUGACUUAGCAAGGGUAUACAUAGGUGAGUUGUAUUUUGUCUGUUAAUGAUAGUCCCAGAGCCAACGCUAGCAAACCUUUGUAAAUAAUUGAUACGUGUGCGCCAAGCUUUAAUAUAUUAGUAAUAACUUGUACGGGUGCGUAUCAUACUGUUGUAGCCCUGUGUUACCUGUGUUGUUUGAAAUGAAGUGAUGUGUAACUUCUAAGAAUCUCUCUGUCAAAGUUUUGUAGUAAAACAUUCCAUUGGAAAGUAUUAAUGAACUAAAUUCUAUAAGUAGUCCCAUUCUGUAGGAAAUAAACCUUAUUUUUUGUUAAAACUAUUUAAAUAACUGAAUUGCUCUUUAUUUUUAUGAUGUAAUUAAUUAUGAAUAAAUAUAUCAGUAUUUUUGUUCUGUUCGUUUCGAAUAUUUAUUUAUGUUAAAAAUUAUAGCAUUCUUCUAAGUAUUUUGUUUAAAUUAUGUAGUUGUCGAUCAACGAAGUUGCAGUACCUCUAUAUAUUACCUGUAUAAGUUACAAACUUACUAUCAAAUUCCUGUUUGAAUAAUCACGAAAUUAUGAUAAGAACGAAUGUUGUAUUGAAAUCACUAAAGUUAGGACUCGGUCUAGCUUCGGACUUCGUCGGGCAUAGAGAAUAGUGCUAUGUGCUUGGUGAUACAAUUAAAAGAUAAUGAUAGGCUAUGGUUCUACAUAACAUUGGUAGCGGAAUAAGCGAAUACCGUAUUACUUGUAAUCUAAGUAUUGUAACCUUAUUGUAUUUUUGAACAACAUUAUUGUAAUAUACAUUGUGGAAAUUUUAUUAAAGUUGCCUUAAUAGUUGCUAGUCAUUAUUUAAAUAUUGAAUUUAUUGUAUUGUGGUGAAUGUGAAUGUUUACUUAGUUACUGGAUUGCGUUGUGUUGUUAAUUAAUUUGCAAUAACGACAGGAGAAAUACAUAGUUUUGUUGUUGAUGCAUUCAUUUAACAUUGCCUCAUCAAGUUGUAUUAGAGUUAUUGUCUGAAUAUUGUAGAAAGGUAAAUAAAUAAAAGGCGAAAGAGAUACAUACUGCCCCUUUGUAUUAUAAAGAUUUAACUAAGCCUUCAGUGUCUAAAGGAGGAAACACUAAAGAUAUAAAAGUAGGAAGUAUUUUUAAGUCAUUAUUGUUCUUUUUCUCAUUUAUAUCAAAUUAAUAAAAACAGUAUUUCACGAAUUCUCAGUCAGCGUUGUAAGGUUUUUUGAUGUAUAUUGUCGUCUUUGUGUUUCCUCCUAAACUGUGCUUCAGGAUGAACGCUGCAUUUGCUCACACAUUUUGUAAAAAAAUAACUUUUCGUCAGCGUUGAUAACUUCAACUAAUAAUUAAAUUGUAAAGCACACAGCAGCACAUUACGCUAGGUAGAUUCAAAACAUCUACCAAUUUUUCACUUUUGUAAGGAUUUAUAAUAAAAAAUGACAAUCUGUGAGUGAAUGUGGGAAAGUUUGGAAAUCUGAGUAAAUACAAGUUUGGGAUUUUAGAUUGAAAACUCUCAUUGAGCUAUUAUAGUACCUAUUUUCACUGAAUAUUGUGGAUUAACUCGUUAACAUCACAAAAUUGUUCUAUAAGCGUUUUCUCUCUUUGAACCAAACAGACGUAAUAAGCAAACAAUGAGAUUUUUGUUGCGUUACAUGUAAGGUAUAUAGAAGUUUAUACGAAGAGUCAUAAAUGUUAGUAGUUAAAUAAAUUAAAAGGACAUGAUAGUUCACUGUUUGUAAAGUAUUCGUAAAGUUAGCUCGCGGCAGCACUGUCAAUUGAAGGCACUUGUAUUGUAUGGAGAUAUGUGGCGUGGCGGGCUGCCCCUAUACUGUACAUUGUCUAGACUUAGCUUGUUUAAAUAUUACUAUAGAGAGUUUAUUAUUUUUAACGUUGAAGAGAACUUUAUUUUUUGCUUAUUUUCACAGUAUUUAUUUUAUAAGAUGUCUAUCACGUAAUUUAUUUAGCUAACGUAAAAUAUUUGUAAUUAUGUCAGAAUGAUAAAGAUAUUUUUUAUUUGUUAUUUUAUUUUUAUCAUGUAUUUUGUUUUGUUAUUGUAAAUUCGAAUAAAAUUACAUUUUUAUAACA